UGUACGCAUGCGCAUUCUUUGUCAAUGACCGGAGAUUUUCAUCGGAACUCCAUUUUGCGUUACACCAAGACAAUUUCUAUUUUACGUAUACUAUGCCUGUUGAUCAACAUCAAAAUGGCCAGGGUCUAGAACAGCAGUUUGCUGGUCUAGAUAUCAACCGUGGUGGAGGUGGAAGGGGUAGGGAAGACUAUAACCAGGGUGGCAGUAGCUAUGUGCCCCCACACAUGAGGAAUAGGGGUGGGGUAAACAGUGCCCCUCCCCAGGGACGAGACAGCAGAGAGGGUGGAGGUUACAAUAAUUACAACCAGGGUGGUGGAGGUUACCGCGGUGGUGGUGGCGGAAGCUACAACAACUACCAAGGAGGUGGUUUCAGUGAUCGUGGAGGUUACCAGGGCCGUGGUGGUUACAGUGGCGGGAAUGACCGUGGUGGGUUUCAAAAUCGCGGCGGUGGGAACGACCGCGGUGGUUAUCAGAAUCGUGGCGCAUACAACAGCGGUGGUAAUGGUGGUGCAGGAUUUGAGAGGCGCAAUGAUGGAGGUGGCUUUCAGAAUGCUGGUGGCAGAGGGGGGUACAACGAUCGCGGGGGCAGGGGUGGAUACAAUAAUUAUGGGAAUCGAGGGGGAUUCAAUCAAGGGCCACCUAGGUUUGACCAGCCUCCGCCCAACUUCAUCGCCCCGCCCCCUCAGGCGGGUGGCCGCUGGGAAGGCCUGGUGAGCGAAGGAGACCAGAGGCCGACACGGCACUACCAGUCCGGGCAGAACUACGACGUGAACUCUCGCUGGGACAACCGGUCAGACAAUGACCGCUACAGCGGUACAGAGACCACAAAGGAGAACUGGGCCGCUCCACUGCCAGCUAACCCUAGGAUUGAAGAGGAGCUGUUUGGCAGCAGCAACACUGGUAUCAACUUUGACAAGUAUGAAGACAUCCCUGUGGAUGCCACGGGCGAGGAUUGCCCCAAACACAUCGAGACUUUUGAUGACACCGAGUUCGGUGAGAUUAUCCGUAACAACAUCAAGCUUUCUCGCUACGCCAAGCCUACCCCUGUACAGAAGUACUCCAUCCCCAUUAUCAUGCAUGACAGGGACCUGAUGGCUUGUGCUCAGACCGGUUCCGGUAAGACUGCUGCCUUCCUGGUGCCCACCCUCAACAAGCUGUAUGAGACCGGCCCCGGCGAUGCCCCUGUUAGCGGGCUGCCCCAGGGCGGCAAGGUUGGGCGCAGGAAGCAGUUCCCCCUGGCCCUUGUUCUGGCCCCUACCAGAGAGCUAGCCUCUCAGAUCUAUGACGAGGCCAGAAAGUUUGCUUAUCGGUCUCGUGUGCGCCCGUGUGUGGUGUACGGUGGUGCUGACAUCGGCUCCCAGAUGCGUGACCUUGACCGUGGCUGUCAUCUGCUGGUAGCCACCCCGGGCCGGCUGGUGGACAUGAUGGAGAGAGGCAAGAUAGGCCUGGACCACUGCAGGUUCCUCAUUCUGGACGAGGCUGACCGCAUGUUGGACAUGGGGUUUGAGCCCCAGAUCAGACGUAUCGUGGAGAAGGACACCAUGCCACCCACUGGGGAGCGCAGAACUAUGAUGUUCAGUGCCACCUUCCCCAAGGAAAUACAGAUCCUGGCCCGUGACUUCCUGGAGAACUACAUCUUCCUGGCUGUGGGCCGCGUGGGCAGCACCAGCGAGAACAUCACACAGAAGGUGGUCUGGGUGGAGGAGAACGAGAAGAGGUCCUUCCUGCUUGACCUGCUCAACGCUGCUGGUGAGGAAGACAAAGAAUUACCAGGCGUAUUGACUGUACCUACAGGCCCAGAGUCCCUAACACUGGUGUUUGUGGAGACCAAGAAAGGGGCUGAUGCCCUUGAGGACUACCUGAUAUCUGAGGGCUACCCGGCAACCAGUAUCCAUGGCGACCGCUCACAGAGAGAGAGGGAGGAGGCACUGAAAAUCUUCAGGAAUGGGGAGAGGCCUAUACUGGUGGCCACAGCUGUGGCAGCCCGUGGUCUGGACAUACCCCAUGUGCGACAUGUUGUGAACUUUGACCUGCCCAGUGACAUUGAGGAGUACGUACACAGAAUUGGACGUACAGGGCGUGUGGGAAACCUCGGUCUUGCUACAUCAUUCUUCAACGAGAAGAACAAGAACAUCACCCAUGACCUGAUGGUCCUGCUGAAUGAGUCCCACCAGGAGGUGCCGUCCUGGCUCGAGUCCACUGCCUACGACGCCAGGCCCACGGCCAGCAGGAGCCGGGGAGGACCUUCAGGCAGGAGGUUCAACACGACGUUCGGCAGCCGUGACUACCGGCAGCAGGGCAAGCCCAAGGGUCAGGGGUUCAACAACUUCAGCGGACAGGGUAACCAGUUCAGCCAGCCGCCACCUGUGUACAGCUAUGGUGGGGGCUCGUACGGGGGAAGUUACGGAGGCUCCUAUGGGGGAGCCAGCUCUACGGACUGGUGGGGGGGCAACUAGACCACAUCUGGGCUGUAUUGACCAAAUAAUUCUUAGACUUAAUACUAAAGAAUAUUCUUUCAACUGCAAUGUGCUAAAAAAAAGGUAAAUGCUAGCAAGGCAGUUAACACCAAUAAUUAUAAAAUGCUUUGUGAAGAGCAAUAUGUGGAUAAUAUAAGCACCAUUUGUAGGUUGUAUAUAUGACUUUGAGGUAUUUUUAUCAAGUCCAUGACUUUUCUAUAUUCUUAAGUCCAAGAAUGGGUUGGUUAAAACGGUCUUAAAAGCGUGAUUGCGUUUGUUCACUCUUUGUGGGGGUCUUUUAAUGGCGUGAUUUAAAAAAACUAGUUUUUGUAUUUAAAACAUAAGGACCCUGCUUUGAAAUUUGAGAGAUUUUAUGAAGAUAUUUAGGCCACAAAUUGUUGUCAGUAUAACUGUUUUUAUUUUUUAAAGAAGUUUAAAUUUUGUGGAAUCUUCAUUUGGGCAAGGGUCAAAGACUGUAUUUGAUUGGGUUAAACCCAGAUGAUUGAUGUGUUUCAGAAACAAUUUUCCCACACAUUUUGAGUGUUCUAAAAAGCAAUUUUGAUUUUGUUCUUAGUUCAGCAUACAGCCACAAAUCAUGUUUGAAAAAUAGUUUUUAAUAAAGUCAUGUUUUAUGUAAAUUUGUUUUCAUGUGCUUGUAUUGUUACAAGAUGGUGUACACUUGUAAUGAACCAUCCAUCAGAAUGUUGAUGCUGUCAUAGUUUGCAGGUAGUACAACACUGACAAUAAAUGUGAGAACAUGCUCACUCUUGAACAUGUGUGUAUGGACCAUGCUUCCUGAUUUAUAUGUUGUAUUCACUCUAUUGCAGUGUUUAUUUGUUAAUCAUUGUUCCAGUUGGCAGAGUGUAAAAUAAGUUAUGGACAAGUAAUUUAAUCAUUACUUUUAAUUAAAUAGAAAUUGUCUUGGUGUAGAACUGAAGGGAGUUAUAGUCCAGGGACAGUUGAGGCCUGUUGUGGACUAUAUAUGAGCCGUGCUCUGUGAAAAAAGGGUUUAAUGCAUGUGCGUAAAGUGUCGUCCCAGAUUACAUUGUGUAGUCCACUGGGGCUUAUCAGGGACGACACUUUACGCCUAAACUAGAUGUUUGAUGAGAAGAGACUUUCUUUUAACAAAAGAUAUCAUAAAAGCGGAAAGUGUUGUCCCUGAUUAGCCUGAGUGGACUAGCCUGUGUGGUCUGUGCAAGGUAAUCUGGGACGACACUUCGCACAUGCAUUUAACCCUGUUUUCACAGGGUGCUGCCCAUAUUUUUUGUUUUUGUAAGUGACAUAAGUUGGAGUAGUCUUUAGUAUGUAUGUCACAUUUUUUGUAUUCAACAAAUUUGAUUCAUAUCAAAUUUGCCACAUAAACAUUUGUUUAACAAAUAUGCUGGUAAAUACUUUUGACAUAAUGGUAUGCCACAUAUACAUUUGUUUUAAAUAUGAUGGCAGAUAUUUUGAAUAUGUACUGUUUCAAGUUUUGUUAAGGUCAUGUUUCGUUUUAAAGUUCUUUUUAUGAACAUGACAUGUUUUAUUAUGGAGCUAUUUUUUCUAAUAAGCUUGACAGUUCCUGUUCAAGUUGAUCAACACAUUUUGUAUUUGCUAUUUGCUCCUUCACUGUUUGCACCAGCAAUUUUGUACUGUAUAAAUUUUCAGAGACAAGUUUACAUCAUCCUGAACCAAGUUGACAAUUCUUAUGUGCAUUUGCAGGUAACUGAACAAAUUGUUGUAUAUUUUGUUUAAUAUUUCACUUUCAUGUCUUUUAUUCAUCAUGUAGAAGAUUUGUUGAACCAUCAUUCAGAAUCUCACCUUAAAAAAGACAUUUUCAACUAAGCAUUCAAAUGGUUACUGGACAUACCUUAUACAAUAUUGUAUAUAUUUGAAGAAGUGAAAUGUAUUGAUAUUUUUAUUACAACAAAAUGUCUUCCAUGAUGUUUUCAUUUCUGUUGUCAGUAUUACAUGGUGGCAUAACUUUUGUUACACCCAAUUAGUUGGUAAAAAAAGAGCAUGUUUUGAAGAAAACAUUAACAAAAUAACAGUCUACUGAAGGUCUUUUAAUUUCCUUAGCCAUGUCUUUAAAAUAUUGCUCACUGUUUCUAGAGUCGGAAUUACUUAAGUUAUUUAUUUAAACAUCAACAAUAUUUGCCAUGAAACUGUAAGGUAUAUUUAAAGAGGUCCCUUUCCAUCUCAGAAGCAAAGUGAAAAUAGCUAUGUGCAAACAGCAAAAAACCAGAACAGCCUGCAAGUAACUACAUUAAACUUAUUUAAAUUUAACUUUCUAAGGGACUACAAAUGCGUCAAAAUACGUAUCUAAGUGGUAAAUGUUUAAAUGGUCAAAUUGUCUAACUUGGUCGUCUUAUUUCAAGAGUCAUAAGGUCUAUUUUAAAGAGAACAAUUACAACAAAUAGUUUAAAUUAAGUUGGAUCUGUAUAUUGGUAGUCAUUUUGUUUAUUUGGUGAUUUUGAUGAAGCCCUGCUUUCAGUAAGGUAAUUUCCUCUCUUAACAUAAACUGAAUGCCAGUUUUAAAGUAAAUGUUGUGCAUAACUUAAUUCAUAUGUAGCCAAUUUCUGGUAAUUUUUAUUAAGUGCAUAGACUUACAAGAACUAUUCAUUAAUGGCCACACGUGUAUGACAAGAUUAUUUUUGAUUUUCUGUUUUCCUGAAAAUAGAAAAUGUGCGCAUUGUGGGAUAAAGGUUUUGUACACCUCAACUUCAUCAUUUCUUUAUGUUCAUUAAAUUGUUUUAACAUUGUUACUAUUUAAGAUUAUCAGAAUAGCUUGAAUGGUUCUUUUUGACCUGUUUGUAAUUGUGAAAACUAUUAGCUAUCAGUGUUUGUGUACAUGGUACUUGUUGGUUCAUUUGUAUUGAUUUCUGUUCAAUGCCAGUCUGUAUAAGGUUACAUUUUGCUACUGUCAGACAGUCCAUUGAUGUACACAAUUUGCCGUCAUGAAUAUUGAUUGAUAUUUUCUUGCCAAAAUAAUGUUUAAGAUUUAAAAAUCAAGAUCCUGAUGAAAUGCAAACAGGAGAAACAUUCAAACUUGUAUCUUGCGUGUUUAUCAGAAUAAUGAAUCUAAAUAACCAGUACCAAAUAAUAUGUCUAUAAAACAUUAAUAUUAUGUUUUAUGAAGUGUUUUCUUUCACAAAACUCAUGUUUUAUGAUGUAAACAUUUAAAUUGUAUAUCCAGAGUUUUUUAAUAGCUUGUUUAAUCUGAUGCAGUAUUAAAUUUGGUACUGCUGGCCAAUUAACUUGCUUGUUGUUAGCUUUUGCCUAACGACCAUUCAGGUAUUUUGUUUCACAAGCUAUUUAGUUGGCCAGUUAUGUACUGUGAUUGAUUAGGCUUGAGUGAUGGUAAACUUGCGCGAUUGAAUGUGAAAAACGAAUUUUGUGCAAUAUCAUGUUACAUUGUGCUGAUGAUUAUUUAUUUUUAUAGACACGUAUAAUUAUGUAUACUCGAGGUACGAAUAGUGCUUUCACUUUAUAUAAUCUGGAAUAUACCGAAUGUAUUUCAAAUCAAAUUAUGAUGGCAUUUAUAAAUUUGAUCUCAUUUCAUUCCGAAAGGUGUGCCUUUAUUUACUUGACCAAAAUUUGUUGUUGUAUACUAGUCCCUUUUAAAUCCUUUAUAUCAAGUCAUUUUUAUCGACAAAAUGUGCUCAUUAUUGUCAUGUGAAAAGUUUGCCAAAUUUUGGCCAAUUUCAUGUGCAUUGUGAUCAUAUUUUUAACUGAUAUGUGUUCACAUAAUUGGUGCCGUUUUUAUUAUGUUUGAUUUUUUUAAUGUUUUUUUUUUUAUUUGUCAGAAAUGUGUGUGUAUAUUAACAUUCCACACACGUGUACUCAUAUAACAGUAACUCUGUGAUAAAUGACUGUACAGCAGUUGUUCAGUAAUGUAUCAUUGAUUAUGGUACCAUAGUCUUUCAAUGUUUUUUCUGGUAGAAUAUAGUUUGCCUGGAGUUUCAAGGCUGACCGGAAUCCAAACCACGAUGCUAUUUAAAAAUGGAAUGUCUCUUAUUUUCUGUUCUGUGAUGUGCCAAAAUUUCAGUGGAUAAAUGUGGCAUUUGGGAAGCUGGGUUGCAGCAAAAAGAUUUCCAUUUUCGGCAGUGUUACAUUCAUAUAAAUUAGAAAUCUUUUCAGGCAUAAACUUGGACCAAGUUUAUGCUUGAAACGUUUUCUAAUUUGUAUAAAUAUAACUUUUAUUUAAAUACUUAAUGAAAAAUUAGGCAAUUGUUACUAUAUAACUUGUUUACUGUUCUAAUAAUUACAUAGUAAUAAAUGGUACCAGUUGUAAGUUCAAAUUGGUUGGAAUUUGAAAAGUAUGAAGAAAUUUGAAUUAUUGAUGAAAGAUAAUUCAAUUGUGGUUGAAUUUGAAAAGUAUGAAGAAAUCCCAAAUUAUUGAUUAAAGUUACUUUUGUAACUUACGUUUAAAUUAAUUCCUUGCAGAAAGUGUAACAUGUUGCAAGGUCUUCGUUUUUGUUUUCUGGAUUUAAAAAUGACUGAUUUAAUGGGGACAAUCACAUUUUAGAACGGCACACCUUUUAAGUACGGCAAGUUUUAGUAUUAUCAGCACAUUUGCACAUCCAAUAUUGUACAAUGGUUUUAAAUGCUGUUUUACCAACAUUAUAGAUCAAGGAAAAUUUAGCGUGAACUCUAAAAAUCUGUCGUGCUCAAUAAUUAACUCAUUUUACACCUGUCCAACCGAACGAGUUUAUGAAAAACAGUUUUUGGUUAGAACUAGUAUAUCGUUCAGUUGGCCACCUUAGGUUAAAACUGUAAAAUGUAAAAGAUAAUUUCCAAUAAACUCUGGUGUGUUAAAAUGCUCAAGUGAUAUUUUUGAGAUCAACUUUGGUUUGUGAAAUGACUUGAUUGAUUUGUAUUUACAAAAUUAAUAAGUCAAGCAUUCACCGGUAAGCGAUAUUUAAUAUUUAUUUAUUACAACUGUCACAAACUGUGAAUUGUGUGAAGGUACGAAAACUUUUUUUUCAAAGGGUCUAUGUGAAUAAAGGACCCAGGCUUGUGUUAAUACUUAUAUACAAAACGCUACAUAUAUAGGAACAUGUAAGCCGUUUUGUUUUAUUAAUAUUUCGGAACUGAAGGAAAAAUACCCUUCCUUUGAGUUGAAUAUUUUUGACGGCAAUCCUUAGUACUGUCUGACAGCUCUGUUUUCAAUUUAUAUGAUCGGGUAACAUGUUCAAUCUUUAUGUUUGUUAAAGUAUUACGGUUUCAUGAUGAUGUUGAAUUUUGGAGCAAUAUUAUGGACGGUAAUUAUUAGUUGAAUUGUUACAUUAUAAUACUUUAAGAACAAAGUAAGGUUAUAGAGAUGUUGCUAUAUUUCUUGCAUUCUCGUUAUGCAUGGUAUGUACAAUUUUAGUUCAGUGAUAUUGCUUUAAUAGCUAAUACGCACAUACAGUUAACAGCGUUAAAGUUAGAUUAAGAAGUGUUUACUUUGUUGGUAUCUUGUCAUCUCUGAAUCCAUCCCGGGAUGAUUUGUCAGAUAAUGAUGUGGUUGUAUGCAUUAAAUCCAGAAAACAA